AUACAAUCAUACGCCCGCUUUACUACACUAACAUUUAAUCUUUACCAUAAAUGGUAACUUGUGUGAGUAUGUUUGUAUGUUUUCUCAGCAUGAGUUGGGGAGCGCCGAGUCAGUCUGACCGGAAAAUACCUUUGAACAAAGUAUCUAUUAUAGAAAGAGGCAAUUGGUUGAAUUUACGGUCUUAUCUUUAUCUUAAGUUAAGACUACUUACUUAAUACUUAAAAACGUUGGGGAAAUUUGAUUGCGCGUUUUCCAAGAAUAAUGUCGAUGAAAAUUAUUUAAAUUACUUUAGUCGUAUGUCUCAGACAGGAAAUCAGUAGCUUAACUACGGAAAAUGGAAGCAAAUGUAACAGAAAAGGAAAAUUCUGCUAUAGUUAAAACAUGCUAUACUUCUGUUCCCAAGAAGCGAGGUAAGAGAACAAGAAGAGCAUAUCUCGUGAAAUUAUUGAUCGGUGCUUUAUUGGUGGUGAUUUAUAGCGUCCUUUACCGUGAUGAGUACAAAUAUACGCGUGUCAACCACAUCGAAGACGGAAGUACAACAGGAGAAUAUUUCACAAGGAAAGAGAUUUUAACGUUCCCAUUUUUAUAUGCUAUCGUAUUAAGCUUUUUUGGUGUCGUACUUGGAACAUCAAUUGAUCGUCUUGCUCGUUGCAGAAGAAUGCAAACACACGAAGGAGCGUUAUGACGGAUGUUGGAAAAACAUGGUCAAGUCUUGUUUUAGUGGAAUUCAUUGGAAACCGGUGUAUCUAAUUGUAAUAUUGAGUGCUUUGUUUGCCAUGUGUCUAACACUGUUCAGAGUUAGUGCUGGUAAGCCGUGGUUUGAGCUUAAAUAUCUUGCUUAUAUCAUUGGUGGUAUUGGCGUCGGUCCUCUUGUAGAAUACUUACUCAACCUGAACACGCAGUCUGAUGUUUUUAUGUCAACGAUUCUUGAAGAAAAUCAAACAUACGUUGCAAACGGAAUAGCAUGGCAGUACUUUAUCUAUCUCAAACAAGCACUUCCAGUGUUCAAAAAAGCUGCAAGUUCUUUGAAUUUAAACAAGAAUAAGUUAAUAUUACUCAUACCACUUGACUGUCAUACAGAGGAUGAUCUGAGCAAGGUCGAUAAUAAAAUCUUUAAAGUCAAGGAAACAGGAAGACAUGGCGACGCAUUUCGAUUUAAAUUAUAUGACUUAUCGGUUGGCAGUAAAAAACGUCGAUUUGCAAUACAGUACGUUAAAGAGCCCUUGAAUACCCUAAAAGAAAUGUGCCUGAUGAAGGACGGUCAAGCGGUGACACAUGACAAUCUAAACGAGCAAGUAAAAUUAUUUCAACGUACCUUGUUUGAUAUAUUCAAUCAUCAACUCAGAAAAGUGUAUAAAGAAGCCUGCUUAUUUGUGUCAUUUGAUUGCGAAGAACUGGAGUUUUUGAAGAAUGGAGGCUUGGCUAAAGUUAUUUUUGAUGGUGUUGAAAAUUCUCAUGACGAAGGUGACAAGAUUGAUGGCGUCCCUGGGUUUUUUAAGCUUGAGAGACCUAAACAAUCCGAUAACGGAGGCAAAACCUCAAAGAAGAAGAAAAGAGACUCGGAUGUUUCGAUUUCAUCAAGCAAAAAUAAAACGACACUUAGAAAUAGACAAAAUUCACAUUUGAGUGAAAUAGUCAUUGUAUCCGAUCUUGAUGGAGGUGAUGUUGGGCAGUCAACGAAACAUGGGGUAGAGAAUAGUGACGUUUAAAUUUUUAAUUUUUCAGGGAUUGUACAACCAAGGGGCUGGAGGACAUAACAUUAAUUUAAUAUACCCCUGACAGUGAUUUAAGGGCGUCUUAAAUAUUUUUUUUGCUCCCAGACCCCUAACAACCUCCCCCCCAAAUAUGCUUCAUGCUUCCCGGCCCUGUAUUUUAUAACAUUGAAUUACAACUUUCUGGUUGUAUGGGGCGUCGUUUGUUUCAAUAAUACUUGUGUUGCAAAUAUAACACUUAUUUAGUUAUAUAAUAGUUCAUAUUAUAUAGGACAAACAGAGAAUGUGGCGGCUUCUCCGUAAGAUUGUAGAAGGAUCAGUUCACGUUCAUUCACAGAUAGAAACUUUCGAUUAUUAUAUGUGAUAACUGUAUGCAUGCGUAAUUAAACAUGAAAAAAAUGUGAGCAAUUUUCGUUUAGUUCAAUACAUAUAUAUAAAGACUUGUUA